UCGCAUUGUAAAAAUUCCUACUUGUUAUUUUUUAGUUUUUCUCAAGUGGCCGUCCAAACGCUCCAUUUUCCACGUACUUUCCCUCUCCAAGUUUUCAAUUCAAAGAACUACCUACAUAAGAAAGUCCAACAAAACGACUUCCAUAAGUUCCAACUCCUUGAAGAAGUCUAUUUAUAUCCCACAACACAACUUCCCACAUUUCCUUCAAAAGCCAUGGGCCACAUAGGCUACUACAGGUCCCGCCGUGGAUGGCGUCGGAUCAAGGGCUUCCGAGUGAAUUCUGGCCGUUUAUCUGUCCACCGUCUACGCAUCCGCUUCUUGGAUUUCAUCAGCUUCUUGCGAAGAUGGAAGCGUGUAUGUGAUCGCGCUCUAAAUUCACUGAAGAAAGGUAUCAGAAACCGCAACGACAAUAGCGUUAGCAGUAAGCGCAGCCUAGUAGCGGAGCGGCGGCGUCCUAACGGACCCGAUUACAAGUUACGGGCAUACGGACGGUCGAAUUCGUUCUACGCUGAAGCGAUCGCCGAUUGCUUGGAGUUCAUCAAGCGGUCAGCUCUUGUGAUGGAUGAUGAUGGCCCGACAAAUAACGGUCGGAUAACGCACACCGAAGGGUCAUGGCAUGCUUCACAUGAAGCGGUGCGCAUUACGCACCACUACGUGGCAAGUGAAAUGCACGCGGAGAGAGAGUGGUCUUCAAGACGUGGAAGAUACGGUGAAUGAGCGGUUGUAAAAUGCUCUCUCGCUGUGGUGAGAAGGGGACGCGGAUUGCCUGGGGACGCACGGCAGCAAUCCUUCUCUCCUAAGGUUUGGCGGAGCCUACC